AUGUAUGGAUCAAUGAGCCAGCUGAGCAGUCUGAUGCUAAAUGGAGGUCUGGGGAUUGGUGGAGCUCCUGGGCUCAAUCUCAGCCUUAACCUCAACUCCCCGAUGGUAGGCACCAACCAAUCACUCACUUCCCAAUUGCUGGACCAGAUCAAAAUCAUGCUGCGCUCUAGUGGUUGCUCAGAACACGUUACCGCUGAGAUCUCCACGGCCAUGGCCACUCUCGCCAAAUAUGGUAUACUGGGCAUGGGCCUGGGCCUAGGAGCUGGAGGUCUGGGAACUGGCAGUUAUUUAGGAGUCAGCCCCAUGGAUGCAACCCCUGCCCAAGCCAAUGGGGGCACCGGAGUGUUUGGCCCAAUUGGCACCUCAACCCCUACUCGGCCAUCUUUAGAUUUGGCAUUCGACCCGUUCCGACAUCCAACCCCUGCCUCACCUCCUGGUGCCUCAGCACUGAACAACAACUCCUUCGGCCUUGGGGCAGUAAAGUCCGAAGUAGACAACAAAGAAGCCAAGAAGCUGGACAUGGAGAUUGCUGAGGUGAUAGUCGGGGCAAUCCUGGGGCCCGGGGGAAGAUCUCUUGUGGAAAUACAGGCACUGAGCGGUGCGAGUAUCCAGAUUUCCAAGAAAGGCACGUUUGCGCCAGGCACCAGGAACAGAGUCGUGUCUAUAACCGGGUCACCAGGUGCGAUUGCCGCUGCGCAGAUUCUCAUUGAGCAGCGGAUUAAUGAAGAGGAGGUGAAACGCAACCGGCAGAACCCGCUGGGGUUGCUGCAGUAGUUUUCUAGUCACCAUAUUACACAAAAUGUCUCAUUCGUUAAGUUUUCAACACAUUUGAAAGUAUUCAUUUAACUCUGUUAAUUAAUAAUAGUAGGCUCAAAUAUUGCAAGUAUUUGACUGGGAAGUUAUGCAAUUUGAAAUUUUAUCAGAAACAUUGUAAACUACGGUAUUAAGGUGUACUGAUCUCACCCAUCACAUCACGUUAAGAGUUGUGUAAGAUUUGUUAAAGGGUGUAGUUUUGUUAUUGAUACGGAUCAGUUAUAACGACUGAGCGUUUGUCAAGUUAUGUUAUUCAUAUCAUUAUAAUAGUGAACUUUGUAGUUUGUCACUAUUUUAUCAUGUUUUAUUAAACUGAUGUUACCAUCUGCAUAAUUAUGUUAUUCCACAAGUUGAUAGUUUAUUGAUAGUGUUAUGUAUUUUCAUAUUAUUUUAUAUUAUGAAAUUCUAAUGUUAUUUUGCAUUGUUAACUUAUGUCCACCUUAAUCAAGUGGCAAAAGAUAUUAUAAUAUCUUGCUUAGUCCUUAACAGAUGUUUUAAAAUUUUAAGACUUGGUUGUUAUUGUUUUAUCUGUAGGUUUGUCAGCAUGUAUUAGCAUUAUUGUCAUUUUUGUAUUUAAAGACAUUUAAUCUCACAACUGACUUUAGAUCAUUUGACAUUAGAUGCUUCUGUAGGAAUAUGUGAAUAUAGUUAAAGCCAAGCAUUACCUUGUAUAUAAUUUGGUAUCCUUAAGUUUUUUCAGUUACUCUUGUCAGUUCAAUCUUACUUAAACUUUAUUGCAAGACUUAAAUUUAAUUGACUUUUUCAACUAUAUAAAUUAUUUGUGUUUCUUGUUUACAGAAAAUACAUAACAGAGCGAUCUACUUAGCCAUUCUUUUCAUUUUAGUUUAUGCUUACAAGAGUGUUUCAUUAGCACCCGAAAGAAUCUUUGAAUUUUUCAAAGUGAAAUAUAAUCCCACCAGUUAAAGAUUAAUCAGUUAGUGGAUAAUCAAAAUAUGUUAUAGGGACUAUGCAUGGACACAAUGUUAAAUGUUUGGGUGUGUAGGGUAGAUUGGGUGUUGUUCCUAUAGUACCUGCUCCUUGUAACGUUAGCCAUCAUCUGCAUUACAUACAUUUGUUUCAUCUCUUUUCAACAUUUCACUGAUUUGAACUGAAGUUUAUACUGCAUGAAAUACUAAAUAUCCACAUCUGUUUAACUACGACCUGAUAGUAGUAGGAAAGCUAAAUUCACUUUAGCUUCCUGAAGUGAAUGUAAUACUGAUUGCAAUAUUGAAUAGGUUUCUUGAUCCUUGUAGGACAGUCGGAUGUUUGUGAACUUAACAUGAUAUAGUGGCGAAUGAAAAACUGUUUAGGGACUAUUUCCUAAGUAAAAUAAAAUUAUAUGUUAAAGUUGCAAAUAUGUUAAAGUCACUAAUAUACAAGUACUGGAAAAUUAACUCAAAUGUAAUAAAAGCUGUGUGUUCUUGUCUGCCCAGUCAUGCUACACUGUUAUCUGGCUCUUAUUGAUGUCUGGAUGCAGGAGGUGGCUGUCAGUCUAGGAGUAAAAGAUGUACUAGAUUCUCCUGGACAUGUUGAGAAGUCUCCUUGUACGUUGCAUUAAACUGAUAAUUAAUGGUUUCUCAACUCAGCUGUAUAACGGAUAAGGUCGAAUAAGCCAAGUGGUUUUUCACCCUUAUCCGAUACAAUCCGAUUCCAGUAGUUCUUAUUUUGUGUGAAUGAUUAUAAUCAGUUACUCAGAUCUCGUUCAAUGGAGAACUAAACAAAACAGUUGCUCGUGUAAUAAUUUGCAUAUAGUUUUUAAUAUUGUUUACUGAAACUAUUAAAUUUGCUUUUUGUUAACGAAUGUGUGAGAUGAGAAAAACCUCUUUUUGCUGAGGAAAACAGGAAGCACUUUUUUCACUCCCUGUUUUAAGAGAAUAAAAUGAUGCAUUUUUUACUUUGGGAUUGGCGUAUUUUGUGGCAAACUUUAACACAGAGCUAGAAACAUUUUUUUCUAAAUCAUUUUUAAGAUGCAAUUAGACCAAUUUUAAUUUUAGUACUUCUUAUGGUAUAAAUUUUUUCAAUUCCUUGCAAAAGAAUACAUAUAAAAAGUAUUAUAUAAUAUUUUAUAUAGUUCUUCCAAUAUUUCUUUAGAGAAAGUAAAGUUAUUUAAACAAAUAUCAUGUACUUUGUAUAAAAACCUAAUCUUGUUUCUAAUCCUCGUAAUGUUGGAGUUAAAUAAAUGUGGAUUGCUAGUGGGUCGUGUGCUAGUGCCUUACACGCAUCAGCGGGUCUGGUGCGCUCACAGUGGCAUCAAUCAUCGAGUGCUCCAACCCAACGUGCUCAAUACAAUAUUGUUGGUUUGGACCACGCACACCGAAAUUCAUCCCAUAAUUAUCUGUAAAUGAGGUUGCAAGUGAUAUAUAACAGAACAUGUAUUUUAGCCAUAGAAAAGUGUAAAGUGUCUUUGUUAACUUCCAAUCUUAACAAUACAAAAUAUAAACCAGUUCAAUAAAUGAAAUGAUGAAAUAAUGUUAAACCGAAAUAACGCCGUUUUGGGUUUUGGUACUGUGAUUAAAAUAGUUUGUCUUGGUGUUUGUGUCCGGGUAUUUUGGUGUUUUAAUUUUUGAAUCUUAUCUGUCGUGCACCAGCCACCAUUAUGUACUCUGUAUGUAGUAGCAUGGAUGGUGUAUGGUCAACUUUCUGUAAAAAAAGUGGAUGUAAAUGUGAAGGUCAACAGAUUGCCACAAUAUGAUCUGAUUUAAAUAUGUCAUUAAAAGAUAAUUUAUUUCCUAUUCUGUUUAUGAUCUGUUAUGAUAAGUGUUAUCGUGAACAAUAGCUCCCUGAGUUUUUGUGUUGACACUUUGUAUAUUUUCCCAAAAUUAUAGUUAUCUUUAUUGACUUUGGUAUUAUUCUGUGAUACAAUUGGGCCUAUCUAGUUGGGUUGCUUAGUUACCGCACAGAUGUUGGCCUAGUUGUUAUUAUUAUAUAUAUAAAUAUAUAUAGUUGUUGAUGUUGUUGUUCCUAUUAAAGUCGUAGUUAGUCAAUCUCAUUCAUCUGCCAUAUGUGAUAUUGUUGUGUCUCUUCAAUAUUAUUGUUAAAAGUUACCACUGUCAAAACAAAUUGUUGUGCUAUUAAUAAUAUAAUAUAUAUAUAACUAUUUUUGUCAUGAUUAUUCAUAGGGUUUAAUGACAAUAGAUUACCAUUAUCUUAUUGGCUGUUGUUAUCGCAUAUUACAACAUAGUUUUACCAGUUCUGCGUGUCGUUGUCGUUGUCCCCAUCAAUUAUGAGGUGACCAUGUUCCAAUGGUAAACUCAAGAAUAAAGUUCUAUUGUAAUAGUUAUAUUGGUUCAGAGUAGUUUUAAAAGAUGAUUUGAGUGAUAAAGGCAAGUGCAAAUAAUAUUAAUUAUAGUUUGGGAUUUCAUAUUAAGGUAUUAACUGUGAAAGUACUUAAAAAAUAUAAUGUAAUGUAGAAAAUGUGUUUGCUUAAAACUAAGGAAAUAUUUAAUAUUAAAUCUUGAAAAUUGUU